AUGAUCGUUUCCAACCUGAGCUGUGCGCACUGUCCCGGGGGAGGAGCCGGCGGCACGGCGGCGACGGAUGCGUACGAAGAGGUGUCCGGUGCUCUCCCUCCCCCGUCCCUGAGCCCGACGGGGCACCUGGUGGUGGCGGUGUGCCUCGGCUUCAUCGGCACCUUCGGGUUCCUCAGUAACUUCCUGGUGCUCACGCUGUUCUGCCGGUACCGGGCUCUGCGCACGCCCAUGAACCUCCUGCUGGUGAGCAUCUCUGGGAGCGACCUGCUGGUCAGCGUGCUGGGCACCCCGUUCAGCUUCGCGGCCAGCACCCAGGGGCGGUGGCUGAUCGGACGCGCUGGGUGCGUGUGGUACGGGUUCGUUAACGCAUGUUUGGGAAGUGACAGCAGGAGGACACGCUGAGCAGCAGUCAACUGCUGACGUGCCCCUGAUGUCAUUUGGAUCAACACGCCGAUACUCAACUGCUCGGAUGACUCAUCGCUCCAAGGACUCGAGACGCGGUGAUGCUUUUUAAUGAAUGGAGAUAAAUAAGGCAGUAUACUGUAUGUGCCUCACUUUAUGUACUGUGAAUACCUGCUACUACCUGUGUCAUACACAUGCAUGCUCAUUAUUAGCUAGCAGAGCAGCUUGUUGAAUGAGUCACACUAUUUACUUGAACUGUUGCUAUUUAUGCUUUUUAUUACAUGAAUAAUGAGAAUUUAUGUUUCCGCUGAAAGCUACUGCAAACUGUUAGUGGGUGUGAGUUUAGCAUCCGCUGUGAAGGCAUGUUCAGGUGUGUGUAUGUGUGUGUGCAAGCAUAAAAUUACUCUACAUUCAUGUACAAACACUGUAAAUGCCCAUGCCUCUUUGCUAUUAAUGAAGCAGCAGUAUAAAAUCAGGGAAAUGUCAGCUAACGAUAUAGUUGUACUCGUAUGUUUUCGUGAAAAAGUACAGAUAAGAUGCUGUAUUGUAUAUAGCACUUUACUGAGUGUGUCAACACACACGUGGAUGUUUCUGCGGACGUGUCAACUGCUGGUCAGAAGAAGAUAAACAAUUUAUCCAGUUAGUACAAUGAAUAAGGAUACUGAUAUCAACUGAUAGCUAUUGAGUAUUUUUAAUUGUAUCAUUUGUGUCUUAAAGCUUUCUAGGCUUUAUAUAGAUGUGAAUCAUGAGAGGUCUGAGAGGAGAUGAAAUGUCAAAUGAAAGAUCUUAUUGUAGGCAAUAAGAUGCCAAAAUGGCAAUGUGACAAUAUCUACCAUGUCCUCGUGAAUACAGGGUAAUAGGCACUGAGUUAAACCUCUACGAAUUAGAUAUUUAAUGCAACUUAAGACUGAUGUUUAGUAUUUCUUCCUAUGAAAAUGAUGUAUGCUGUAUGAUAAUCAUAAACACAUGCUGAAGAGCUUCAUUGUCAUUCACCUGAAUAAGUAGGCAACUGCUGUGUGUGAGUGUGUGUGCAUGUGCGCUUGGCGCUGCAGGUAGGUGUUCUCCAACUUCACAGCUGACAGAUGAGAAGGGUGAGCAAAUUUCAGAACACACACUGCGGCAAAUAUAAUUCUCACCCUCGUGUUUCUGUCUGUUUACGUGUGCGCAUUUGAGACAUGUCUUACUCAGUGGCUCAGCUGUAAGCUCUUUUAGUCACACUGUUUCAUGUGACGAUGACUGCAUUAUACUGUAUAAUUAGAGCAGCUUAUAAGUGUAAAAUGCAAAUA